AUGCUUGUUGCAUCUGACCGCUAUGAUUGCGGAAGUCGUACAUCUGGCAACAAAAGGCAGUCCAGUUCUUUGAUCGACCUCACCUCGGACAGCACCUGGGAUCAGCAAAAGCCUCACUUGUUUCCUAAAUCCCGCUUGAGGCCAAAAAGCGCUUCAUCUCCCUGGAUUCCUUCCAUCACCAUCCCUCAGCCCUUCAAAAUGACACUGCGGGAAGCUCGCAAAAAGUCCCAGUUGAUGAAGUCAUACGUGUUUCUUGAACUAGACAAACAGAGAGACAAAAGGCAAAGCCAGGACGAAGCUGAAUGUCAGAAACAAUUCCGGGCACAGCCUGUACCUGCCCAUGUGUUUUUGCCCCUUUAUCAGGAAAUAAUGGAACAGAAUGAGAUCCGUAGGCAAAUAGCAACGCAGAAAAGAAAGGAGCUGCUACUUUCAACCCAGCGGCCCUUCAGUUUCCUGGAGAAGGAGGAGAAAAAGAAAGAAGCUAUCAGACAAAAGUUCCUGGCGGCAGCAACCCCAAAUGAGAGCUCCAAACAGAAGCAAGCCAGUAAAAAAGUUCCUAAAUCUACUUAUGAACCACUUCUUGGAGAGAAACUCAAAGAAGCUGAACUCUACAGAGAAAUCCGCAUUCAAAUGAGAGCCAAGGAUUUGCUUGAGAGCUCCGCAGCUCUUAUAAAUACUAGCAACUGUCGGAGGGAGCCUCAGUCCCGAACUGCCACUAAAACUAAGCAGGAGAGACUUGGCUUCUUGCAGGACAAAAGUUUCAGCUUCAAGCCAAGGAUCAAUCCAACAAUACCGGAUUUUGAAGGACUUUACUGGGCAUUUCAGAGGGAAGCAGUAAGGAGACAAGAAAUCAAAGAGGCAACUCGUAAUAAGCCAUUCAAGCUAAGAACCUCCAAUCUCCGUGGCAGGCAGAGGCAGGCUAAUGAAAAGAUAAAGGAUUCUCAGCAACUUUGCAAGGUUUCAGUGCAAAAAAGUCAUUCUCUGACCGGACUUUCCUCUCUCUCUUCCAACACCCUUCCAGUGCAUAUUACAGAUGCAGCUAGAAAAAGGGAAUCUGCUAUUAGAUACUCCCAAGAUAACAAAAAGGAAGGGGACAAAGAAGGAAUUUAUUGGCUGGAGAAACAGAAAAAGAAAUGUCAAGCUAUCCAAAAGUCAGUGAACAGCCGAGCAAAAGCCCUGGAUCCGCAUAAAAGCCUGGAGGAAACACACAAGGAGAAGUCGAAACAGAACUGGCAAAAUAUGAGAGAGAGAACAAAGGAAUACAGAAAGGAGCUGGAAGAAAUGCAGCUGCGAGUCAAGAACAGACCAUACCUCUUUGAACAAGUCACCAAGCAUGAUGCUCGUCAAGGAGCAGAGCGUCGCUACAGACACACCCUCCAGCAGGUUGGGCUAAGCGAAGAAUUUGUAAGGAAAAAAGGGAAAGAUGCCACUGACUUGCUGGAAGAAGAAUCUGACGUUCACAGAGCGCCGAAGUCUCGGGGUGAAAAGGACGACUGUACUGUACAGGAAGGAGAACCUCAAGAGGAACAGAGCGGAAAGGAAGUGGCAACGUGAGAUCUAGCAGAAGAAUCCAUCGAUCAUCUCUUGAUUUUUUUAAUUCAAGAUUCUCCAGGUUAAUCCUCGGGAACUUUCUGGUUUAGGCUGACACCUACGAAUUGCUCUGGGGUAAGUGAGAUGUGAGAACUUAGUAAAGGAAAAAAAGACCAGCUGUUGUUUAGAACAUGUCUUGUCCAACCCAGCAAACCCUGCAGCCUUCCUUGGUCUUCAUAAGUGUUCCCUGUGUGAGCCACUUCUCUUUCUUUAAUGGGAAACAAGUUAAAAAGGUUGAAGCACUAUCUUUGGAUAAAAGCAGAUAGAAAAGAUUGAAGGGGUACAGCCUCCAGUGUCAGCUCCUUGUGUUCAUGCCACGGAAGCACACAGAAAGGGGAGAGCAUGUCUUUCAGUGUGCUAAACCUUGGUUUAUACAUACAUGUGGUAGAAUGCUUUUAAACAAGGUAUUUCUAAAAAAAAAAUUGCAGGAUUUGACCUACCUUGGGAGAAGACUCAGAGGGAAGUCCCUCUCUGGUGUUAACUCUUCAUUCACUCAUUACCAGCUCUGCUCCUUCCUCCCAUUAGGAAGAAGCAAUAGUCUUUCUAUACUAAAAUAUCUCCCAUACUUCAUUAUUUGGAACUGUUUUAACAUCUUACCAAUUUAGGUCAUUAAUUUGGCCUGAAAAACAACCAAAAUUAUGAAGAAGGUUGUAAUUAAACAACGCAUCACUUCGGAUUGCUGUUGUCCUAAUUCUACAAUUACUGUGAUAUCAAAGGUGGACUUCGGUGGAAGAAAGAUUAGGUAUUACCUGUCAGCAAGUUGCACUCAAAUGCCUGGGGCAUCUCAAAUGGUAUAGUUCACACAUUAGUGGUCUUCCUUUACCUGACAGUAAUAACGAUCUCAAAAAUACAAACCCUUACCACCUGGAAUGUUUUCUGAGAAUUAUGAUAUCGGAGCACUUUGAGAUUAAAAGAUUUUUA